CAGAGAAGGUUAGGCCGUGGGUGCAGGAAUUUCCCCUCCCUCCCUCACUGACAGAGUCGCCACUUUACCGCCGGUCCCUAGGCGAGGGCGGGUCUUCCCGGAACUUCUGGCUGAGGGUGUUUCCCUCUCCGAGUGACGCAGAGGUUCCCGGCGCCCAGCAGGAGACACUCAGCCACUGCUCCCUCUGUCUCUUCACCAGAAAGCCGCCCUUGUAACCCUGUGUCACCAUGGUGUCCCCUCCCUGCUACGGCCUGCUAACCCGCCAAAAGGAGCCAGUGCCACUGAAGAGCAUCUCGGUGACCUUGUCCAUUCGUGAGUUUGUGGCCGGUGUGUCUGCUACCUUGAACUAUGAGAAUGAGGGCAAAGAUCCGUUGGAGGCCUUCUUUGUUUUCCCCAUGGACGAAGACUCAGCUGUCCACAGCUUCGAGGCCGUGGUGGAUGGGAAGAAAAUUGUGGCAGAAUUGCAGGAGAAGUCUGAGGCCCGCACCAAUUACGAGAAUGCCAUCAGCCAGGGCCACCAAGCCUUCUUGUUGGAGGAGGACGAUCAGGCUGGCGACAUCUUCUCUUGUAACGUGGGGAACCUGCCCCCCGGGUCGAAGGCAGCACUCACCCUGAAGUACGUGCAGGAGCUGCCUCUGGAGGCAGACGGGGCCCUGCGCUAUGUGCUCCCCGCUAUCCUGAACCCUCGCUACCAACUCUCCAGAGGGUCUGAGGGCGGUGGCCUUCAAAUGAAGACUCCUGCAGUCCCUUCGAAGGACGUGCCUUACACACUCAGCCUGGCUGCCACCGUCAGCUCCCAGCAUGCCAUCAAGAGUGUCCAGUGCAGCUCCCCCGUGAAUCCUAUUGAGUACCUUGACGAUAAGACUUCUGCUCAGAUCUCCUUGGCUGACGGACACAAAUUUGAUCGAGAUGUGGAGCUCCUGGUUUACUACAGUGAGGUGCAUACCCCCAGCGUGGCUGUGGAGAUGGGGGUGCCCGCAGCAAAGCUCGAUUCUUUGAUGGGAGAUCCAUCUGCGAUGGUGAGUUUCUACCCGAAUAUCCCAGAGGCUCAGUCACCAACUGCAUGUGGAGAAUUCGUCUUCCUCAUGGACCGCUCGGGAAGUAUGCAUUGUCCCAUGAAUAAUCAGAAUCCAUCUCAGCUGCGCAUACAGGCAGCCAAGGAAACACUGAUUUGGCUGCUGAAGAGUUUGCCUGUAGGCUGUUAUUUCAACAUCUUUGGAUUUGGAUCGUCCUUUGAGUCCUUCUUUCCGGAGAGCGUGAAGUACACUCAGGAUACCAUGGAGCAGGCCCUGAAGAGAGUUAAGAGUAUGGACGCUGACCUCGGGGGCACAGAAAUCUUGGAACCACUCAAGGCCAUUUACAGUAGAACUUCCAUCCCAGGCCACCCUCUCCAGCUUUUUGUCUUCACAGAUGGAGAAGUGAACGACACAUUCAGUGUCAUUAGAGAAGUGAAAAGCAAUGGGCAGAGGCACAGGCUGUUUUACAAUCGCAGGUGUUUCUCAUUUGGUAUUGGCGAAGGAGCCUCCACCAGCCUCAUAAAAGGCAUUGCCCGGGCAUCAGGGGGCGCCGCAGAAUUUAUCACAGGCAAUGAGAGGAUGCAGUCGAAGGCUCUCAGGGCCCUGAAGCGCUCUCUGCAGCCUGUGGUAGAGGAUGUUUCUCUGAGCUGGGAUUUGCCUGCGGGUCUGUCUGCUAAAAUGCUUUCCCCAGAACCAAGUGUCAUCUUCCGGGGUCAGAGGUUGAUCGUCUAUGCCCAGUUGACUGGGACGAUGCCGCCAGCAGAGGCAACAGGGAAAGUUUGCCUCAAGUACACCCUCCAGGGCAAGCAGUUUGAGAAUCAAGUGGCGUUUUCUCUACAGCCCAAGUCGGAUGCCAACCUCACCAUUCAUCGCCUGGCUGCCAAGUCCUUCAUCCAGACCAAGGACAUGGGCUUCGAGGAGACUCCAGCAAAUGACAAAAAGGAGGUGCUGAAAAUCAGCAUGGAGUGCGGCGUCAUAAGCUCCCACACGGCUUUCAUUGCCAUCAACAAGGAUCUCAACAAGCCGCUUCAGGGACCCCUGACUCGCAGCGACGUUCCAAGUCCAAUGCUAUUUGCUCAGUCUAUGAUGAUGUGUUCUCCUGGUAUGCCGAGUGGUGCUCUUUUUCGGGUGUGUUGUAGUUCUCCUCGGAUGGGUAGUGCUCCUGGUCCGAUGUUUGGUGCUUCUGCUCCGAUGUUUGGUGCUUCUGCUCCGAAAUCACAGACCAGACUUAAAAAAAUGAAGAGAUUUCUAAAGCGUGGUGGUGGUCCUAUAUCAGUGAAACACCAGCCUGACGUGGAGCAGUAUGAUGAUUGUUAUGAUUCCGGUGAAAUGUCACGGGAAGGUUCUUCCAUCGACAUGACCGACUUGGAAACUAACCAUUCAGAUGAUCCUCUUGUACAGCUGAUUUCCCUCCAAAAGGCAGAUGGUUCCUGGGAUCUGAAUGAAGGUCUGGCCGUGGUCCUGGGUAUGAGCUUGGGAGAUAUGCAGGCUGCACUCCCUGUCAAGAGUGUGGAUUCCUCAGGCUGGGCCACUGUCCUGGCGGUGAUCUGGCUGCAUGACAAGUAUAAGGACAUGAAGUGCGAGUGGGAGCUUCUGGAACGGAAAGCUGUGGCCUGGAUUCACAGCCAUGCAGGCUCCGCCGCGGAUGGGCUGGUGAAAGCUGCUGUGGGCUUUCUGAAGUCAUCGGUGGAUCCUGCCGUCUUUGCACCUUGAGGAUCCCGACCAGAAACACACGUGCCUCCUUCGUGCUCCUGUCCCCUCCUGUCCCCUCCUUCUCCCAGAAUGUGAUCUUGUCUUGUAUACUGUUGGAGACCGGGUGUAAGCUGACAUGGUCCUUGCACCUGAAGGGGCUAGCAAGGCUGGGACCCUUACCCACACAGUUUUCCCAGACUUGUUUGGAUGGCGGUUAUCAGUAGAAUGAGAGCAACCUCUGUAGAAUGAGAACAGCCUUUCAUGGCUUACC